CUAAGCUUAUUGACGUAUACCAUUUCUUCGAUAAAGUGGGCCGCAUAUCGCCGUCAAUUAAUCGCAAUUUUUAAUCGCCUACCGCCCGAAACCCCUCGAAAUGGAUGAAGAGUACGAUUGCAUCGUGUUGGGCACGGGCCUGAAGGAGUGCAUCCUCAGCGGCAUGCUCUCGGUGUCCGGCAAGAAGGUGCUACACGUCGAUAGGAACAAAUACUACGGCGGCGAGUCGGCUUCGAUUUGCCCCUUGGAGGAGCUCUUCUCCAAGUUCGCGGCGGCCCCGCCGGACGAGUCGUACGGCCGCGGCCGCGACUGGAACGUCGAUCUGAUACCCAAGUUCCUGAUGGCCAACGGCUCCUUGGUGAAGCUGCUCAUCCACACGGGCGUCACUCGCUACUUGGAGUUCAAGUCGGUCGAAGGCAGUUACGUCUACAAAGGUGGAAAAAUCGCCAAGGUUCCCGUCGAUCAAAAAGAAGCGCUGGCCUCCGACCUGAUGGGAGUGUUCGAGAAGCGACGGUUCCGCAACUUCCUCGUCUACGUGCAGGACUUCCAGGCGGACGAUCCCAAGACGUGGAAGGACUUCGAUCCUAACACGCAGAACAUGCAGGCGCUCUACGAGAAGUACAGCCUCGACAAGAACACGCAGGACUUCACCGGCCACGCGCUGGCCUUGCACCGCGACGACAGCUACUUGAACAGACCGGCGAUAGAGACGGUGAACCGCAUCAAGUUGUAUUCGGAAUCGCUGGCCAGAUACGGGAAGUCGCCCUAUUUGUAUCCGAUGUACGGUUUGGGGGAAUUACCGCAAGGAUUCGCGAGGUUAUCCGCUAUCUACGGUGGUACGUACAUGCUAGAUAAACCGAUCGAUGAAAUCGUAUUGGGCGAAGGAGGUAGAGUGGUCGGUGUACGAUCCGGCAACGAAAUCGCUAAAUGCAAACAAGUGUAUUGCGAUCCUACAUACGUUCCAGACAAGGUGCACAAGAAAGGCAAAGUAAUCCGAUGCAUUUGCCUGCUAGACCAUCCUAUAGCUAAUACGAAAGACGCCCUAUCGACUCAAAUCAUCAUUCCGCAGAAACAAGUCGGUCGCAGUUCGGACAUCUACGUCUCGGUAGUCAGUUACACCCACCAAGUGGCUGCUAAAGGUUGGUUCAUCGCGAUGGUGUCGACGACGGUCGAGACCGACAAUCCGGAGGUGGAGAUCAAGCCGGGCCUGGACCUGUUGGGCACCAUACGGCAGAAAUUCGUGUCGGUAUCGGACUAUUUCGAGCCCACUGAUGAUGGGCUGCAGUCGCAGAUAUUCAUAUCGCAAUCGUACGAUGCCACUACUCACUUCGAGACCACCUGCUUGGACGUGUUGGACAUCUUCAAAAGGGGCACCGGCGAGGAGUUUGAUUUCUCGAAGAUCAAGCACGAACUCGGAGACGAAGAACAAUAAAUUCAGAAGAAAUGAAGGGUAAACGUUGGUUUAAGUGAGCAGUUAUGUAGGUAAAUAUUAAUAUAUGUGGAACUAUUGUUUCUUUUUUUUUUGUUUUUGAAAUUUAAUUUGAUGGUGGGUUGAAAAAUAUUUCCGCGGUUUUUUAUUAUUUUCUUUUAGCUUACAUACUUUUUUUAUGUGUAUAUUUUUUUUGGUCACGUAAAUGUUAAGACGAAAAUGUUGUAAAAAAGGAGUCAUUGAUUUUUUUUAAUCGCGAAUUGAAUAAAUCCUUUUUUUUUUAAUUGCGAAAAUGAAUUUAUUACUCGUUAAACGUAAGUUAUCUGUGAAGUUGUAUUUAUAUAAAUAUAUUAUAGCUUUUAUUUUAUUUUUUUUAGUUAAAUGCUUGUUAAAUUUUCCGCAAAAUUUCUAAAAUACGGUUCAAACUUUUCCACCACAAUAAAUAAUCAUUGGAGUAAAACGAAAAUCCAACCGUGUUUUGGAAUUACCUAAGAUGAUAGUGUAGCUUAGGAUCUCGUACAGGCACUCGCUUCGAUUUUACUAGCGCAAAAAAACUAGUUGUGGUGGCAUUGUAUUAUCUUGUCGUACUAUUUAGGAUAUAAAUGUAAGUUAUAUAUGUUAAUUAUCACACAUACCUCGGGAUAUUCCUCAACGGCCGGACGAGAUCCUUCGUUUUGUAACGUUUUAUAAUUACCGAAAUGGAGAUAAAUAAACGGCUUUACACGCCCCGAACCUAAAUAAAAUACUUCUCCGACGUUUUCGUGAUUUGCUCCUUUUUUUUGGCAUCCUUUUUGCGAGAAAUAUUUUCGUUUAGGCGAGGAACUCGAAAAAGCUUUGGCAUUCCAUUUGAUUUAGACGCGAUUCUUGUGUUUCGUGCAAUCGUAUUUCUCAUAUUUUGUAUGCACAAUGAUUGCGACUCUCAUUUAUUGUUUCCUGUA